AUGUCCCUUCUUGCCCCAAUUAUUUGUGACAAUGGUACAGGAUACUCAAAAGUCGGGUUCGCCGGCAACUCCGAUCCUUCCUUUGUAUUUCCAACAGCAAUAUCUACUCGCGGACCUGUACAACAGCCAACCCGCUCGGGGCCUGCUGUCCCCCCAAGACCAGGAAAUCUCGCGUCCAAGCGCGGAGUGGAGGACCUCGAUUUCUUCAUCGGCGACGAGGCUCUAGCGAAUGCGCAGACGCCUGGAUAUGGCGUGUAUUAUCCAAUCAGACAUGGGCAGAUUGAGAAUUGGGAUCACAUGGAGCGGUACUGGGAGCAAACCAUCUUCAAGUACCUUCGUGCAGAGCCGGAGGACCACUAUUUUCUGCUGACCGAACCACCUCUCAAUCCUCCGGAGAACCGCGAACAGACAGCCGAAAUAUUCUUCGAGUCAUUCAACAUUAAGGGGCUCUACAUCGCCGUUCAGGCCGUCCUCGCGCUUGCCGCGUCCUGGUCUUCGAACCGUGUCACUGAUCGCACUCUCACCGGCACGGUCAUUGAUUCGGGUGACGGUGUUACUCACGUUAUUCCGUGUGCUGAUGGCUAUGUCAUCGGUAGCGCAAUCAAGCACAUCCCCAUUGCUGGCCGUGAUAUAUCGCAAUUUGUGCUAAAUCUCAUGCGUGAACGCGGAGAUAUGGCUUCUGUGCCACCAGAGGAUCAGCUGAAGAUUGCGGGUAAAGUGAAGGAGAACUUCAGUUACGUCUGCCAGGAUAUUGUGAAGGAAUUCAGAAAGUACGACCAGGAACCAUACAAGUACUUCGAGCGAUAUGAGGGCGAGCAUACAGUAACAGGGCGGAAAUAUUCUGUAGAUGUUGGCUACGAGCGAUUCUUGGCUCCUGAGAUAUUCUUUAAUCCUGAGAUUUACUCCUCUGAUUUCUUGACGCCUCUUCCUGAGGUUGUCGACAAUGUCAUUCAACAGUCUCCUAUCGACGUCCGGCGUGGUCUCUACAAGAACAUUGUGCUGUCGGGAGGUUCCACCAUGUUCCAACACUUCGGCCAGCGUCUCAAGCGGGAUUUGAAACAGCUUGUAGACCGCAGGCUCGAUGCAAGCAUGAUGGCGAGCGGAAGUCAACUUCGCUCGUCUGGUGUUGAUGUUGAUGUCAUUUCGCACAAGCGUCAGCGCUACGCCGUAUGGUUCGGUGGUUCCCUCCUUGCUUCCUUGCCGGAAUUCUACAGUUCCUGCCACACAAAGGCGCAAUACGAUGAGAUCGGGCCUAGCAUUUGCCGGCGAUACCAAAUCUUUGGAAGCGCAACCUAG